AUGAUACAAGAAAAUGAUAGCCACAUCCAUGAGUUCAUCCUCUUGGGAUUCUCUACCAUCAUAGAGUUGCAGGCUCUAUUGUUUGUAAUUUUCCUCAUUCUGUAUUUGUUGACUGUCCUUGAAAACAUAGUCAUCAUCACUUUAAUCAGAAGACAUCACCAACUCCACAAGCCCAUGUACUUUUUCUUAGGCCAUCUAUCUUUCCUAGAGGCCUGGUACCUCUCAGUCACUGUUCCCAAAUUGCUGGUCAACUUUCUGGUGAAGAAUAAGAGUAUCUCCUUCACAGGUUGUAUGGCCCAGCUGUACUUCUUCAUCGCCCUGGUCUGUACUGAAUGUGUCGUCCUGGCUGUCAUGGCCUAGGACCGCUAUGUGGCCAUCUGCAACCCCCUGCACUACCCAGUCAUCAUGAACCACAGAGUCUGUAUGCAGCUGGCCGUGGGUCCUUGGCUGGUUAGCUUUCUGACAUCUGUGCUAAAGGUCUUCUUCAUUUCCCAGUUCUCUUUCUGUGGCCCCAAUGUCACCAACCACUUCUACUGUGAUGUCAGCCCUUUGCUCAACCUCUCUUACACUGAGCAGUUAGUUGCAGAUAUGGUGGACUUUGUCUUUGCCUUGCUUAUUCUGUUGAUCACCCUCUCUGUCAUCAUAAUUACUCAAAUGUGGAUAAUCAGCACCAUUUUGUGCAUUCCCAUGGCCCAGAACAGGAAGAAAGCCUUCUCCAUCUGUGUUUCUCACCUGACUAUGGUCAUCAUCUUCUCAGCCACCCUCUUCGUGUAUGCCUGACCCAGGAGUAUACACUCCCUGGAUCUCAGCAAACUGGUUUCCAUAAUUGAUACUAUAGUCACUCCAAUGCUAAAUCCAUUCAUUUACUGCCUGAGGAACCAGGAAGUAAAAGACACUAUAUGGAAGCUCUUGUGUGGCAUGGGUGCUGUCUCCAGAGUUUCUGGGUCUGAUCACUAA